AAAGAAAGAAAACCACCGAUAUAUGAUUGGAAGUUGCUUCGGAUGGAUUUGGAGUCAAAAGACAUUCAUUUCAAAUCAUUUCUCAACCUGCUUGAGAAACUGAUUAAUCCAAAUGAUAGAGGCCUUGUGGAUCAUACUAUCUCACAACGACAGAAAGGUCUCUCGUUCUUAUGUCAUUUUCUCGCAGAGAUCGGAAAUAAACAUAUUAGCGCAUUGAAAAAAGACAUUGCUAUGUUUUUGGAUCAUUCAGGUAUCUCUGAUCAAGCAAUCAAUACUUUAUCUAACAUGCAGUUGAGUUCUACAGAUAAUGUCGCAAGAGAGCUUGUAAAGUAUCAGGCGAAUACGUUAAUUGCUAAUAUCGAUGAUUAUCACAACAUUCAUGGUUUACGCAUUCCAACAACUACGUCAACCAGUACGGUUGCUCACAUGAUUACAGUUCUUGCCAUCCCGAUAUCUACAGCAAGUGCGAUUUCAAAGAGUGUCGGAGAUGCAAACAUACAUAACCCGCAACUUGUUGACAGUAAUGUUUUGAUUACUCAAAUAAAAAAUCGGUUUAUGGCUCUUCUAUCUCAAUCGUUUAAUGAUCAGUUUGCAAAAAAACCUGCUUACGCUGAAAAUGAUUUACUUGAUAAUCUAACA